ACACGUAAAGAUUAGAGGACCGCGUGUCUAACUCCCAACGUCAUUUGGAACCUCUGUUAAAAAAUUAAGAAAGAACAUUGGAAAGCAGCAUCUUCUACAGUGAUUUUUUUAUAGCCCGUACAGAGACCUUGACUAAGCAAGUAUGAAGGUUGCUUCGGAAGAGCCCAAGGCCAAGAAACAAAAGCUGCAGGCAACUGAAUUAAGGGAGAAUCUACUCUUCGGUAUGGGUAAUCCUCUUCUGGAUAUCUGUGCAGUGGUCGACAAGGACUUUCUUGAUAAGUAUGGCUUAAAAGCAAAUGAUCAGAUCUUGGCUGAAGAUAAACACAAGGAACUGUUUGAAGAGCUAGUGAAGAAGUUUAACGUUGAAUACCAUGCUGGAGGCUCCACACAAAAUUCAGUCAAAGUAGCUCAGUGGAUGAUCCAGAAACCUUACAAGGUUGCAACAUUUUUUGGAUGUAUUGGCACUGACAAGUUUGGUGAGAUCUUAAAGAAGAAAGCUGAGGAGGCUCAUGUGGAUGCUCACUACUAUGAGCAAUGUGAGCAGCCCACAGGAACAUGUGCUGCCUGCAUAACUGGUGAAAACAGGUCUCUUGUGGCUCACCUGGCUGCUGCAAAUUGCUAUGACAAAACAAAGCACCUUGAUCUAAAAGAAAAUUGGGAAUUGGUACAAAAAGCAAAAGUAUACUACAUUGCGGGGUUCUUCCUCACAGUCUCUCCUGAAUCAAUCCUUAAAGUGGCCACUCAGUCUUCUGAACACAAUAAGAUUUUUUGUAUGAACUUAUCUGCUCCAUUCAUCAGCCAGUUCUACAAAGAACCAUUAAUGAAAGUCAUGCCUUAUGUGGACAUUCUUUUUGGGAAUGAAACGGAAGCUGCUACGUUUGCACGCGAACAAGGGUUCGAGACUGAAGAUAUUAAAGAAAUAGCGAAGAAGGCACAGGCGUUACAAAAGGUGAACUCAAAAAGACCAAGAAUUGUUAUUUUUACCCAAGGACAGGAUCACACCAUUGUGGCUACAGAAAAUGACGUUGUUGCUUUCCCAGUAAUAGAAAUAGACCAGAGCAAAAUAGUGGAUACCAAUGGAGCAGGAGAUGCUUUUGUGGGAGGUUUCCUCUCUCAACUGGUAUCUGAGCAACCUUUAGAAGAAUGUGUUCGAGCUGGUCAUUACUCGGCAAACGUGGUAAUCAGACGAGCAGGGUGCACUUUACCUGAGAAACCUGAUUUCAUAUAAUGUGCUUGUAGAAAGCUUUUCAAAUACAGUUAAACUGGCAUGUC